AUGGUAGAAAAUGCCUUGCUUACAAAGCCUGGAGGUGAGUACGUCCUUGAAGAGUACAAGUCCGAAAAUUCAUUGAAGCACCGCACCCGUAGACAGCUUGUCAACAUAUUGGCUAGCCAUAUGACUGAAAUGCAUGGGAGGAUUCCUUCCCGUAAACAGAAGGAGAAGUUUGCCCUGGGAAUCAUUACACUCUUUCCUUCGCUAAAGGAUCCCUUUUCUCCAAAUGGCUAUCUGAAUCAAGACUUCCUGCUGCUGUUUGGUGCUGAAACAGCUGCCAAGAUGCUUGAGAAGUGGGAUACAGCAUUCAAGCCCAAGGUUAUCAAAGAGGCCAAACACCUGACUCAGACAGCUGAACUGUGCCGACUUCUGACGGCGGCUGAAAACCUUGCAGAGAACGAUCACAGCACUGGACGGAAGAGGACCAAAAUAAGUCCCAGUGAUGCAGCGGGCAAAAUGUUGCACUUUCACAAGUCAUGCUGCAGCAUCGUUGAACACCUGCAGGGCAGAGUGGCUGAACAACCAUACAUCCUUGCUGUUGGCCGAACCCAAAACCAAAUUGAUGCCUUCUACAUCGUAGUGGACAAACAGCUCAUCCCGUGCAAAGCCACCAGCUCGUUGGGUGCUUUUGAUGAACUGUUUAAAUCCCACUAUGUGUUCAACCUGUCCUAUGAUGAAACCCUUGUCCCACUCUUCACCUUCGUGCAGACAACUGUCUACAACAUCGAUAUUGCAACAACAGAUGAGUCUCCAAGAGUCCGUGAGUUAAGAGCAAAAGUCUUAAACUACGUUUAA